CCAUACUGUUUAGUGCGGUAGUACGCUGCAGUGUAAUUAUAGAUGAAUAGUGUAAUUAUAUGAAUAUUUUUAUCCCUCUAUACUGUUUAGUACGGUAGUACGCUGUAGUGCGCUUAUAGCGGUGUGUAUUUGUCCAUACUGUUUAGUUUGCUAAUAUGCAUAUAUACAUAUUAUUUACUAAGAUAGGAGGCUCCUGGUCAUUCCACGCUUUCUGACGCCCGCUAGCUUCCUGCCUGCGUCAUCACUAACCUGAAGCUAGCAGCCUCCUGUCAGAGUGCCGCUGUGCACAGUGUCUGAGGAGAAACAAUGACGAGCUGAACGAUUUUUGCGAAAUAUUUCUACAUGCCUGGCCUUGUAGCUAUUUCGUGACAAUAUUAUUUAUUGAGCUGGGCAACGAGGGAAAGAGGCUGGCGGCGUUAUCAUCCUGUUUAGCCUCACCAAGCUAUGCUAGCUGUGUGACUUGGUAGUUUGCUAGCCUCAAGCUAACAAUGCGCGAGAGAAAAUCAUAAACGCGUCAGAAAGCGGUGCAGCGCCUAAAUCCCGGCUGUAACACCAUGAAUUUUGUCCGGCUUGUGUGCCGCCACAAGACUGCCCUGGUGCUCGGUGCCCUCUGCCUCUUCGCCACCGUCCUCCUCUUCCUCGCCAAAUGCACGUCGGAGACGUUGAAACCUCCUGACUCGCCUGGCUCCGCACCACGCGCCCAACCCCAACCCGAGCGUCCAGCUUCACCUUCUGACACCAAGGAGAUCUCGGCUUUCCUGGUGGUCCUGAUCACUACAGGUCCAAAAUACACCGAGCGGCGCAGCAUCAUCCGCAGCACCUGGCUCUCCAAAACCGACCCUGAUGUGCUUGCGUUGUUCGCGAUCGGCACCGAGGGCUUACCGUCCGAGGACAUGCGGAAUCUAGAGACGGAGCAGACACGUCACGGAGACCUUCUCCUCCUUCCCGAACUCCGUGACUCCUAUGAGAACCUGACGCUGAAGCUGAUUCACGCCUACUCAUGGCUCGAUCAGAAACUGGACUUCAAGUUUGUCCUGAAGGCUGAUGAUGAUACGUUCGCCCGUUUGGAUCUGCUCAAGGAGGAGCUGAAGAGUAAGGACCCCAGACGCCUUUACUGGGGCUUUUUCUCUGGCCGAGGCCGCGUGAAAACGGCCGGGAAGUGGAAAGAGAGCGCCUGGGAGUUAUGUGACUAUUACAUACCAUACGCUUUAGGCGGCGGCUACGUGCUCUCCGCUGACCUAGUGCACUACGUGCACUUGAACUCUGCUUACCUGAAGACGUGGCAGAGCGAGGACGUCUCUCUGGGCGCCUGGCUCGCACCCGUCGACGUGAAACGGCUGCACGACCCGCGCUUCGAUACUGAGUACAAGUCGAGGGGGUGCAGCAAUAAGUACGUGGUCACGCACAAGCAGAGUCUGGAGGACAUGCUCGAGAAGCACCAGACGCUGCAGAGAGAUGGACGUCUGUGCAAAGAGGAGGUGAAGCUGCGUUUGUCGUAUAUUUAUGACUGGAGUGUUCCACCAUCGCAGUGCUGCCAGCGCAAAGACGGUAUCCCUUGACUUCCCUGAUGAUGUCACACACAUUCAGUUGUUAUUUAUUUAUUUGUGGUCCAUGCUUGACCAGCCAGCAGCUUACGUGGACUUAUUUCAUAAGUUCACAGUCUAACAGUCAUCCUCUGUACCUUUGGGAGUUUUUUUUUUUUUUAAAUCUGGGUAUGAAUGUGGCAGAACUAGAUGCUGACUGGAUUUGCAGAUAUAUUCACUAGGAGCAACACGAAAUGGACAAAAAGCAUUGUGGACCAUAGUUAAAAAUUGGGUUACAUUUAUUUAAUAUUACUUAUUAUUUAUUUGGAUUGUGCCAAUACCAUGAGUAAGACAUUCAUGCAGAACUUAACUGGAAAAACAGAGGAGUCAGUAUGCUCAGAAGCAUAAAACUGAAAACAGAAAUGAAUUUGUAUAUUUGCAUAUUUCAGCUGCUGUGUACCUUCAUUCCCCCCCUCCAACUCUUUUCCUAAAUUAAUGGUGUUUUUUUUUUUUUUUAACAGACAAAGUGAGUGCUGACUUCACUAAUGUUAUAUCUAUUUCAACUGGCUCUGUCCCUAAAUACUGUAGUAGGCAGUAUUGUGUACAUUAGACGUUUUCUUUUUGCCUGUCAGAUCGAUUUUUUAUUUCAGUUUUGAAAUAACCAUUUACCAUCAGUGGUUCAUGUCGAUGUGCUGCACUAAUAACACUGUCAACUGUUACUACUGAGCCACAGAUUAUACCUCCAUUAUGUUAUUUUAUCAAAUGUUUUUGUUACACAGUGCAUUUGAUCAUGUUAUUUUAUUAUAAUAAAAUUCUAAUGAAAUUC